AUGGAUGAUCAAAGCUUUCUUCUUAACUUGGCACACUUGUAUCAAGAAAAGGGUAUGGAUGGGCUGAGGCAAUCUCUUUUAUUAACUAUGGAGUUAGAAGACACAAGAUUGAAGGCACAAGAGGAGCUCAAAAUGAGAGAUGAGCAAAUAGUUCAACUCAAGAUUAUGCUUAGCAGAGCCAUCAAAGAGAGGGAUGAAGCACAAGACAAAUGCCAAAAAAUGUUCUUUGGGAAACUCUUGCUCCAAAACCAGUGCCAAAAAUCGACUACAAGCAUUGAAGAUGAGCCCAGAAGAAGAUCGGAUUCCAUUAAUGGCUUUUCUUCCUCAGAUUGUGAAGAAAGCAUAGUUUCAUCACCACCCCAGGUGGAGCCGCUGCCGCCGCCACCAACUUCAGCAGAUUUUCCAAUUAUGCCUAACAGGCCAUUGCCAAUAAAAGGCAAGCUUUUGCAAGCAGUUAUGGAAGCAGGGCCACUCCUUCAAACACUCCUCCUUGCCGGUCCUCUUCCACAGUGGCGCCACCCUCCACCACCACUUGACACCCAUCAGAUUCCACCACCACCACUAAAACCCAUUCAGCAAGAAUUAUUCCACAAUAUCAUUGCCACCAGCAACAUAAACAACUGUGGCAGGAUAGAGAGAAAAAGAGGCUUCUGUGCUGACUUUGAUGGUUCCAUUGAGUCAAAAUAUCAGAGAGUCGGUCUGCAUUGA